AUGAACUCAGCCAAAUGCGCAUUCGGCUUAUCAGCCAACAAUUUCUUGGGUUUCCUUGUGCAUUAUCCUGGCAUCAAGGUGGACAAAAACAAGGCACGAGCAAUAAUCGACGCUCCACCUUCGACGACCAAGAAGCAACUACAGUCCUUACUUGGCAAGAUUAAUUUCCUUCGCCACUUCAUUGCUAAUUCUAUGGGAAAAAUGAAGGUGUUCUCCACGCUUUUGAAAGUCAUGGAUUCUGACACAUUUGAAUGGCGCGAAGAGCACCAAGACGCUUUUACGCAAAUCAAGGUUUCCCUCCACAACCCCACCCGUACUUGUGCCUCCUCGGUGCAACAAGCCUCUCAAGUUGUAUAUUUCGAUGGUCGAGGAAUCCAUUGGUUGUCUUCUCGCACAAGACAACAAUAUCGAGAGUGA